CGAAAAAAAGUGCAGCGCAAAGGCGAGGUCAAGUUUAGUGGUGCAGUGGUUUGGGCAGUCGCAACACAGUGACGCGAUGGGUUUAGCGCCAGCUCAGGGGGAAGGCACGCCUUGGCGCGCAUCGGCAGGUCGGAGUUGUAUUAAACAGAGGGCCGCCCAUCUCAGUAUCUUCGUUCUUGUUGCUGAAGUCCUUCCCGAUCUGCCUCCAAUCAACGCGCGCGUCCUCCGAACAACCGCCCACGACUCGCGCUCGACCAACCACCAUCAGUGCAUCGCCGUCAGGCCUAGUGCGCGACCGGGAGCCCAGGCCCUUGCGCUGCAGGAAUCAUCAGUCGCGAUAAAUUAUUGUCGCGUCCACCAGCUGCUACAGCUCGCUAGCGUCACUGCUUGGCGCCUGUGCUCAACCUCCAUCGCCAUCCGUGCGCCUAUCGCGGACUGUCUCUGUGUUGUUGUUGCACCUAUGCCAGAGGGCGCACAGCUGCACGGAGCCUUCACUGCAUCUCUGAACGCGCCGCGCUGCACAACAAACCCGUCGUCGCCUUCACGCUGUCCGCGCAUAAGAGUCUGACUCACUACCGUGCGCAGCUCCUUUGACCUCGCCGC